GAAGCUGAGAGAACUUGACGUGAUACGGUGGGAGUAUUAUGGGGGGGGGUGAGGGGAGAGGUGGGAGUGAACCUGGAGGCAGAGGAGAGCUCUGCGGGAGGUAGGGGUUUGGGGGGAGGCGGAAAGGCCGUUCCCCAUCUCUGACGUCUUCCUGUCUCCACUGCACAGUGGCUGCUCCCCUCCCCAACCCCUAACCCACCCCCAGCCCCAGCCCCGCCCCUCCCUCCUCUUCCAUCCCUUCCCUUCUGGUCUCUGUCUGCCCGAUUCAAUGAGAGCUGCAGAUUCCAGAGGAGGCCAGGGGGCCGCUGAGCUCCGGCAGUGGGCAGCGGAGGGCGGCGCCAGGGGGCACAAACUGGACCCCGGGGAGCGAGCCCGCAGGGACUAACGUCCCCCUGCCCCUCCCGGGCCGCCCGGCCCCGGGGAGCGCGGGGAGAGGAGCCUCGGGGGCGCUCGGGUCCGGGACAGGUCCUGAGCCCUAAGGGGAGCCGAAGAGGACGAGGGAGGAGGGCCCCCCCGCUUGCAGCCUUGCCCCGCGCGGACUGGGAUCCCAGAGUCCUGCCCUGCUGCGCCCGGAGGGACCAUGGUGCUGUCGGUGCCCAUCAUCGCGCUGGGCGCCACGCUGGGCACGGCCACCAGCAUCCUUGCCCUGUGCGGCUUCACCUGCCUGUGCCGCCGCCUGAACCCCAAGCACGGACUCCAGGAUCAGGACCAAGGCCAGGAUGCUGAGAAAGCGACGUCCGGCGUGCUUCGGCCCGCCCAGCAGCAGCAGUUCAAUAUUAAAAAAUCCACGGAGCCUGUUCAGCCCAGAGCUCUCCUGAAGUUCCCGGACAUCUACGGACCUAAGCCAUCAGUGACUGCCCCGGAGGUCAUCAACUAUGCUGAUUAUACCCUGAGGACCACCGAGGAGGACCCAGUCCCCGCCAGCACCUCAGCCCUGAAUGACAGUCGCCUCAAAAGACAGGUCACGGAGGAGCUCUUCAUCCUUCCUCAGAAUGGUGUGGUGGAGGACGUCUGUGUGAUUGAGGCGUGGAACCCAGAGAAGGCUGCCAGCUGGAACCAGGCCCCCAAACUCCACUACUCCCUGGGCUACGAUCCCCAGAAGGCCCAGCUGUCUGUGACGCUGCUGGAAGCUGUGACAGCGGACCAUGAUAUGGGCUGUGAUUGCUACAUCCAAGGAAGCUUGGCGAGUGGGUCGGCCACUGUUGAGGCACAGACAGCCCUGAAGAAGAGGUUGCCACAUACCACCUGGGAGGAGACUCUGGUUUUCCCCCUUCCUGAGGAGCAGCGGCCAGCGGCCAUCUUGACCUUGACCUUGAGAACCUGCGACAGGUUCUCCCGGCACAGCGUGGUGGGGGAGCUCCAGCUGCACCUGGAUGGGCUACCCCUGGGGACAGCCCAGUGGGGGGAGCUGAAGACCUCAGCCAAGGCCCUGGCCACUGGCUCUGGCGAAGUCCUUCUCUCCAUCAGUUACCUCCCGGCAGCCAACCGACUCCUCGUGGUCCUGAUCAAGGCGAAGAAUCUGCAUUCUAACCAAUCCAAAGAUGUCCUGGGGAAGGAUGUCUCUGUCAAGGUGACCUUGAAGCAUCAGGCCCUGAAACUCAAGAAGAAGCAGACCAAGCGGGCCAAACAUAAGCUGAAUCCAGUGUGGAAUGAGAUGAUUAUGUUCGAGGUGCCCGACGACCUCCUGCGGGCCUCCAGCGUGGAGCUGGAAAUGCUGGGCCAGGACGAGGCUGGCCAGAGCCACGUGCUGGGCCGCUGCAGCCUGGGCCUGCACUCCUCCGGCACCCAGCGCAGCCACUGGGAAGAGAUGCUCAAGAACCCCCGCCGGCAGAUCGCCAUGUGGCACCAGCUCCAGAUGUAGCCUCCGCCGGGAUGGCAAACCCUCUCCUCCUUGUCUCGCCCACCCUCCUCCAUCUGUCUCCCCGCCUUCUCCCCAUUUCAUCCUCCGUCAGUCGUGGGCUCAGAUGAUUCUGGAAGGUUUGGGAAGGUCGAUCCCUGUACCGUCAGUCAGGUCAUCUCUCAGUGAGCAUUUAUUAAACAGUUACUGUAUGCUGAGAAAAAUAAGCCUUUGAUCUCUGACCAGAGAGCCCAAACGGGACCUCUGUGGUCGUACUACUGAGUACAUCCAGUAAUUCCCUUCUUACUUGCCAAAAAGAUGGGUGAGUUAUAGUCCAUGUGCAUGAGACAGCCCACACACAGAUGGGCAGAAAGGCCCUGGAAAAAGGCAAAGGAAAGCUUGAUCUGACAAACAUUUCAUUAUUUUUGAAAUGCCUAUUCUUGAACACCAUGUUCUUUUUUAUUGAGUAAAUAAAAGUUUCCCUAUUUUUUUAAGAAUUAAAAGAACCCCAGAAUGUCAAUGGGGAAGCACUUUCAAGGUCAUGCAGUCCCACCCCAAUAACCCAGGAAUAAACUCUUCAGUAUCCUUGAAACAUAUCAAAUUAAUCAAGAAACAACUGUUAAACACAGGUCCAUCCUCUGCUUGAAUCCAUCCAGUGAUGGAGAACUGGAGGGGUAGAAAGAGGGCUGAGUUUGCAGUCACAGAAUUUGGGUUCCAAUCUUGACUAUCUCUUAGUUCCUGUGUAGCCUCGAGCAAGAGAGGUGAAGAUCUUUCACCUCUUCUGUUAAAGGAGGUUUAAUUAUAUGAGCUCUGACAUCCCUUCCAGCUCCAAAUCUAUGAUUCUAAUGAGGCAAUUAGCUGUUUUUAAAAAUAAAUUUUAUUGAUUCUUUUUUGUUUUUAAAGCGCAAUUCUGGAUAUCCUCUCUCCCUCUUCCAGCUUUAAAUCCAAUGCCCCGUGAACAAAUAAUAAUCUGGAUUCUUAUUCUGGCUCUAUCACUUGCUUUCCUUGUAAUUAUAGUUACAUCGUGCCUCUGGGUCUCAGUUUCCUCAUCUGUCAAAUGGAGGCACUCAGGCUACUACCUAUCUUGCAGGGCGAGAAAACUCCUUUCAUAAGGAUUAAAGUACUGCAGAAGUGUCAGCUGCCAUUAUUAACUUAAUUACAUAGUCCUUGAAUCAAGCUUUUCUCUGCAUUUUGGCAGUGCAUGCAAGGGUCCUCCCAUUAGCAAAUGGGCAGUUGCCCAGGGCUUAGUGACAUGUACACCAAAUACAAUGUCUGAGCCCAAUCAGUGUUGUUGUUCACAUUAUAAAUUUGCUUCUGGCAAAUGUUAAGCCUAAGCUUGUUGGCCAAAAUGUUAGGAGGCAGUUAAGGUACAAUGGGGAGAUCCUGGCUCUGGAGCCUCUGACAUUGAUUACCUAUGUGCCACCCGGCGAGCCCCUCUCAGGAUCUCAGGCUUCCCAUGAUAAGAAUGAAGGAGUCGGCUGAUGUUCCUCCUGCUCUAGAUCUGGGAACCUCCUUCUGUAGCAGGAGAACAGCCAGAGAGCAGCCAAAUGAAUAGAGUAUGUAUCAGCAGGUGACAUGGUUGAGUGGAUGGAUGGAGCCCAGGGACACCUGAGUUCUCUUUGUUGCCCGCCUUUGAUUCAGCGAGGAGCACUGGGCAAUUCGCUCAGGUUUUAACUGUCUUGUUUUGGCCCUGUCUAAAACUGGAUGAGUGACACGUGACUGGAGUUGUAGGUGGACCUUCCGGAGAAUUGGGGGUUUUAGUGAGGGCCCCAAAGGGUAUUAUUGGCUUGUGUCAUUGUCUUUCCCUUCUGGUUUUCUAGCAGGGAACAUCAGAAAAGCUGGAGCGGUGUGCAUGGCUACGACUUCUAGAUCCGAGAGUAUCUGGACUUUGGAGUUCUAUUAGUCAAACUCUUAUCUUUCAGUGUUGGAACAGACUAAAAAGCAGAACCCUUGCUGCAAUGGGGAAAAGAAAGUCUAGAACUCAAAGACUAGCUUUCAGAAAGGGGACUUUGCAAUCUGGAGUAUAGUAUGCUAGAGUCAUACAUAGAAGUAGAACAUAGAAUGUUACAGCUAGAAAGGGCUUUAUAACAUAGGAUGUGAGAUGUUAGAGUGGGAAGAGCCCUUAGAACAUAGGAUGUUAGAACUGGAAGGGACUUUAGGACAUAGAAUAUCAGAGCUGGGAGGAGCUUUUGAACAUAAAAAGAAGAACUUUAGAACACAGAAUGUCUCAGAUAGGUAGGACUUUAGGACAAAGAAGGUCAGACUUGGGAGGGCUCUUAGAACAUAGAAUGAUAGAAAUGGAAGGGGCUUUUGAGCAUAGAAAGUAAGAUCUGAGAAGGACCUUAGAACAUUGUCAGAUUUGGGAGGCCCCUUAUAAUAUAGAAUGUCAUAAUUUAAAGGGACUUUAGAACAUAGAAGGUCAGACCUAGGAAGAACCUUAGAACAUGGUAUACCUGGGAAGAACCUUAGGACAUAGAAGAUCAGAUCUGGAAAGGAUUUUAGAACAUGAGUUGUCAGAGCUGGGAGGGCCCUUACAAUAUAGAAUGUUAGAGGUGAGAGGGCCCUUAGAACAUAGAAUUUCAGAGCUGGGAGGGCCUUUGGAUAUUAUUUAUUCUAUCUUUUAUUGAACAUUUAGGGAAAUUGAGAUUCUGGAAAGGGAAGAGACUUGCCUGAGCUUACAAAGGGAGUGAGUAGCAGACUUAGGACUUGAAACCGUAUCUCCUGGGGUCCCUUCUAGUGGGAGUGCUGUAUCAAUAUAAAUAAGUGCUUUCUAAAGAUAAAGCAAAUGAAAAGUUAUUUGAGGACACUAGCAGUUUUAUGGGGGAAGUGGGAUUGAGGGGUUAGGAAAAUCCUAAGGAAACUGGGAUUUGAGCUGACUGUCUUGAAGGAAGUCAGGUGGCUAAGAAGUGGAGGUGAUGAAGAAGGGCCUUCUGGGCAUGGGAGACAAGUACUUCAGAAGCUCUGAGAUGGGACGGGAAGAAGAGCAAGGUGGCCAGUGUCACAGGGUCCCUUGGCCCAGUAAUUAGAAAGGAAUAAAGUAUAUGAAGAUCAGAAAGGAAGCAAGAAGCUGAGUUACAGAGAGAUUUAACUGCUAAAGUAAGGAAUCUAUAUUUAAUCCUGGAGGUCACAGGGAGACUGACAGAGUAGAGGGGUGACAUGGUCAUAGAAAAAUCACCGUGGCAAGCUGAGUGGAGGAUGGAUUAAAGUGGGAGGAUCAAAGUGGAGAGGAAAAUUAGAAGAGUAUUUCAGCAAGGCAGGUGAGAAGCAAUGACCUAGAAUGGUGGUUGGAUGAAGGACAUAGACAUACAUAUGUAUAUACAUACAUACAUACAUAUAUAUUAUACAAUAGGUGAUAUAAUACAGAUUUAUCUAUGUGUGUGUGUGAGAGAGAAAGGAGAGAGAGACAGACAGAAAGAGAGAUAGAGAGACAAAAAGGGACAGACAGACAGAAAAAGAGAGAGAGAAAGAGAUAGACAAAAAGAGACAGAAAAAGAGGGGGGGCGGGGGAGAGGGAGAGGGAGAGAGAGAGCAAGAGCGAGAGACAGAGACCGACAGAUAAAAAGAGACAGAGACAUACAGAAAAAGAGAGAGAAACAGAGAGACAGAGAAAGAGAGGCAGAGA